AUGGGCGGGUGGAUUCUGAGAACGGCCAAGCGCCAGGGAGGUAAGAAGUUCAGCAUCAAGUUCUUGUCCAGGUCAAUGAAGAUCAGCGACCAGAACAUGCCUAACUGGAAGGAAGUCCAGUCACUUGCAGAGUCACUGGGAAUCGAAGUGGAGCAGUCAAAGUGCGACGUGAGCUCCCAGGAGUCAGUGGAUGCCUUCAUCCAGAGCGUCACGCCCAACCUCACAGGAUUCAUCCACUCCGCGGGCAUUCUGCAGGAUGCGCCAGUGAUCAACCAGACCUGGGAAAGGUUUGAUGCUGUCUAUGAGGCCAAGAGCCGGGCCGCAGCAUACCUCCACGAUGCGAUGGAAAGAUUCUCAAAUCCCAAGCUCAAGUUCUUCUGGCUCUUCUCAUCCACUGCUGUGUACGGCAGUGCUGGCCAGCUGAAUUAUUCCUCGUCCAACUCCUGGUUGGACGCGCUGUCACGGCAUCGGAAUGCGCCGGGAUGCCUGGAGAGUUAG